AACCUCUUCCACUUCCUUUUUGACGUGUCCACACCAGCUCACAUCUCUGCAAAAGCUGAGACCCUGUGGUUGUAGCAUGUGAAGUAAAGCGCACUCUUCUUGCAUAUAAUGUACAGUAAAUCAUGAACUGCCAGCAGUCUUGUCCACUAUGGUUACAUGGAAACUGUGGUUUGCUGUACUUCUGACUUCUUGCUCUGAAAGUGAAGUGGUACAAGAGUAUCUUGAGAAGACCAUUGGUAAAAAACCAGAUGUCACUCCACUAUGCACCAAUACAACUGAGAAUGUUAUCUCAUUAAUAGUUUGUAAGAUCAGAACUGAGAUGAACCAGGGAGAAGAGUGUCGUCUGUUGUAUCAAUACGGACAAGACUUUGUACAUGAAUGUGACUCCAGAUUCACACUACUGAAGGAAAAUCACACCAUGUUUCUACACUUGAUCAAUUUAACACCAAAAGAAAGUGGGAACCACACUUGUGAGUGUACAUAUGUUGGUGGAACAGACACACUUCAUCUGAAUAUCACUGUGAAAGAUGAAGAUGAAGUUCCGGCCACAGCUACACAUACUCCUCUCUCUUAUGUUUAUAUUGGAGUCACUAUAUUCAUCAUAGUAAUUUGCAUCAUCCUGGGAUUUGUCUACACAAAAAGGCGCCACAGAAGACAAACUGAACCAAUAACCAGUCAACCAAACACGAUACUGCCCACGGAAGAGGAGGCCAUCGAGCCGUACAGCAUCUUCAUUCAGACGGAGAAAGGCCUUUAUGCAACAGCAAGAAUACACAGUUUAAAAACGAGGACUAAAAAUGUAUCUAACACAUAAAUGAUGACUUGGAACAUUAUUUUUCAUGUAUUUAAUCCUUUGUGUGUGUUUAAUAUUUUUAAAAGAAGUGAACUCUCUUGUAAAACAAAUGCAAGUAUAAAAUGUGUGAAAAUCUGUGAUUAAUCUUCAGUUCUAUCAGCAUUUGAACUGUUCUGCAAACAACCAUUAUUUACCUACUGUUCAUAGAUCAGAGAUGGAAGAUUUCUACGUUAACUUUAAAGCAUGGUUUAAAGUUCACAGCAACAUGUAAUUUGGCCUUUGGCCGUGACGGAAGUUAUUGUGGUCUGUCAGCAGGGAGAGUUCUGCCGUGGUUCUUCUGGCAUUGUGUGCUGACGUCAGAGCCACAGUACGAAACUCAACUUAUUCCUAUUUUAUUGUUUCUGUUUACGCAGUUGUUGUGAAAACUACUUAAAUGUGUCGGUCUGUAAAGUUGAAUUUCUAAUGUCUUGUCUGUAAAUUAUUAGUUGGUUGGAGACUGACUAGUCCAACUAUUGCUUGUUUGAGACACGCACAUCAACUCGUACUUCUGCAGAAGUUGUGAAUCUGAGGUUUUCACAGCACAAGUCAAGUGCAAAGUUGUGUGUGUAUGUGCGUGCGCACCCAUAAAGUACUAAACGCUGUCCACCGAUGUCUCACUGCAUUGUUUAGGUGUCAUUACAAGUAUGGGUGGUGGUAAACUGGUUUGUUCUGCUUCUGAGGCUAAUGUUUCUCACUGACAGCGAAGGUAUUUCAAAAGAACAAUUUUUAUUCAAUUCAUAUUUUAAUUUAACAUCU